AUGGACCAGUUCGAAGCGUCAAGACCAGAUGGCCCAACGACUACCAGUCAACCACUACUGGAAACCCCAGAACACAUACCCCCGGCCCAUAUGUCCCUCGCAUCUGUACUUGAAAAGCCCAUCGAGGAUCCUAAGAAAAAGGAUGAAGUCCUCAAACGACUUUUUCCCUUCCUUUCUGAUUGGAAACUGGAAACCUCUGCCCUAGUACUGAGUUUACUAUCCUUCAUCGCCAUGACCUACCUGCUCUUCGCAUCAGACGAACAGCCUAUAUCCAAAUGGACCAAAUCUCCCAUCACUAUAAACGCACUUGUAUCUAUUCUGGCGGGAACGUCCAAGAGUAGCCUUGCGUUUGUGAUUAGUAUGUGCUUUUCGCAGGGUAAAUGGACUUGGCUGAGCCGAACAUCGAGACCACUUGUGGAUUUUGAUCGAUUCGAUGCUGCUAGUCGAGGAGCUACUGGGAGUUUACGUGUGUUGAAAUCAUGCGUGCGUCGACCACACUGGUAUGCUCUGGGAGCAUUAACUGCUAUUGCUUUAUUGGCUUUCGAGCCCUUCACCCAAGCCAUUCUAUCAUUAGAGAAUCGCCAAGUCCCUCUCAAACCUGAAGAGUACGCCGCAAUGGCUCGAGGAAACAACCAGUCAUCCAGUUCAGUGCCCGCCAUUGGUAGCUCUACUCGACUAGAUGCCGGGUAUUGGGUUGGCUUCAGCGGUGGAGAAAAUAGCCUAGCCAGGGUGGAAUUCCCUGGCCCAAACAACACCACAUUUACAUUCUCUGCGGAUCUGUUCACAAAUAACAUCCAGGACGACUUGGGCAUGACGGCAGCUGUUUGGAGUGGCUUCUCACCUCUAAUCACGCCUCAGAAUCUCAAACCGGCUUUCAACUGUGCAUCUGGCAACUGCUCUUGGUCUAACUUUGCUUCUAUCGCUGUCUGCCACAAAUGCGAGGAUAUAUCCCAGUCCUUGAUUAAGACUACCGGGCGGACUACGCUACCAGGGAUCUAUUUGCCGGCAAGAUGGGGAAACGGCAAGCUGCCUGAUAUCAGCAAUCAGGCCCCAGGAGCAAAUGUCAACCUGAACCAGAAGACCCUCACAUAUACAAAGCAUCAGGUCCAAGGCACGAACCUCAGUCUGUCUAAUUACAACGGCAAAACAAAAUGCACGUCUGAGAACGACAACUGCCCAGAUACGUACUUGACGACAAGAGUCACGACAAACCCAGCACACACCAUCAACUUUGGUCACCUGAAUACAAUGAUACUGAAUUUACAGUACCUGGUUGCAGACGAAAGUUGGCAUGAGAAUAAAACGACUUGGGAGGAAACCAAAGUGAGGGGUCAAGAAUGUGCCUUAUCCUUCUGCGUCAACGAGUAUCAAGACACCCUAUCGCUGGGUGUUUUGCAAGAAACAGUUGUAAUGUCCUGGGCGGACAGAACCGCAGGAUCAUACUCUGAUGGAGAUGAAAGAAGCAAUGUGACAAAGUUCUUUAAGUCUGCCAACUACACUCUGGACAUGGGCACCAGUCUGGUCAACUUAUCUGACCUCCAGAUAAAGAUACCUGACGAAUACUUUCACAAAUCGAACCUCCCGAUACAAACAUUCAACAUCACACAACCCACGAUUGUCUCGCUACUCGGCGAUCUCAAUAAGGGGUUUUGGGGACCUGAGCUAAGUCAGACAUAUCUCUACAGGACUCCAGCGACCUGGAUAUAUCCAUCACUAGGAAACACCAAUCCGCCUAGCUUUGUUGCUGGGCUUGGAAAAUCCAAGCACAUCCCUACAACAAUUGAGAAUAUUGCUCUGAGUUUAACUAAAUGGAUGAGGGAUCGCGACCUAGAGACAAGUCCUGAGAAAGGAUCAGCGACAAUCAUGGUAGUAAUCACACGCGUGCGGUGGUAUUUCUUCCUUUUUCCUGCCAUCAAUCUUCUAGCGGGAAUAGUCUUUUCCAUCGUAUGUAUAUGGGAAACACAGAGCUUAGGACGACCAACAUUAAAGGAUAGUAUCCUGAUGACGUUAGCAUGUGCGCCAGAGGAAGACAUGAGAAUGAGGCUUAAGAAAGCGGCAGCUACCGGCAGCUUAGAUGCCAUUGGCAAAGAAGUGCUGGUGAUCUGGGACAAAGAUGAGGGUGUUGGCCAACUGAGACAGAAGGAAGACCCAUCGGGGUUGUGA